CCUGCGUAGAGGAGUGCGGGAGCUUCGCAGUGGCUGUGGCUCUCGGUCUAGAGUGUCCCUCGGGCGUCGCCCUCUGCUCCUUCUGUCCUGGUAGCGGGAGACUUUCUAACAUCACUAAUCUCGGAGCGGUAGGUGGGACCUGGCCGGCCGAAGAGUUGGCCCCUCCGAGGCUGGGCUGCGGAGAGGAGCCUUCGGGUCAGGUUUUAAAGGGGUUGGGAAAGCGAGGAAGCCUUGGGAGUCUGUGGAGGGGCUUUGCAGCCAAAUUGGCCCCUCUUGAGGAUUAUUCUCUCCCCUCCUAGAUCUGUCUUGAAGUCAGUGUGGCCACUUGAGGAAGGCACUCCCACCCCUUGAGAUGACGUCCAUGCUUCCAACAACCGGGGCCCAGGGGCCAAUGCUGUUUGAGGAUCUGGCUGUGUAUUUUUCUCAAGAGGAGUAUGUGAGUCUGCACCCUAUCCAGAGGUCCCUCAGCAGAGAUACUGCACAGGAGUGUUUCGAGGAUAUGGCCUUGAUGGGAGGGGAAGGCAAGACUGAGAUUUCUCAACAGUUAAAUCUAGAGUCUACGGGAUUUGAAGAACUUGCCCCAGAAAACUCCUCCAUCACUGUGCCCCUUAUCUAUCACCCAGAAAAAUCUGAGACUGGAGUUGGAGACCCAGAAAGGAAAGUAUCAGGUGGAGCUCCUGCUUGCAAGAAAAGGUUCAUAAGCCUGUUAGUUACCAUUGAAAACCAAACUCCAUUACUAGAACUGUCUGAGUAUUUAGGAACCAGAGCACUUUCUGAAAUUCUUGAAUUUCCUGGGGAAGAAGCCAAAAAUUUGUACAAGUGUCCUGAAUGUGACGAAAGCUUCAGUGAUAACUCAUACCUUGUUUUGCAUCAGAAAACUCAUUCUGGAGAGAAAAAGUAUAAAUGUGGUGACUGUGGGAAGAUUUUCAAUCAUAGAGCCAACCUGAGGACACACCGGAGGAUCCAUACUGGCGAGAAGCCUUAUAAGUGUGCUGAGUGCGGCAGUAGCUUCCGCCAGCACUCACAUCUGUCUCGGCACAUGAAUAUCCACAUAAAGGAGAAACACCACACAUGUGGCGUAUGUGGGAGAGGUUUUAUGUGGCUCCCGGGAUUGUCACAGCAUCAGAAAACCCACGCUGCCAAAAAAGCCUAUGAAUGUACUGACUGCGGUAAAUAUUUUGGUCAGAAAACAAAUCUUGCUUUGCAUGAAAGAACGCACACGUCAGCCACCCAGUACCAGUGCACUCAGUGUGUGAAGUGCUUCGGGCAGUCCUCACACCUUGUCCUCCCCGAGCAGGGCCAUGCAGAUGACUCUGAACACUGCAGUGACUAUGGGGAAAAUAUGCUUUUGUUCUCAAAAUUUAAACCUUUAAAAUGUCCUGAGUGUGCGAAGACCUUCCUUCGUGUCUCUGAGCUUAUUUCCCAUCAGAGCAUUCAUAGAGGGGAAAAGCCCCAUAAAUGCAAAACAUGGGCAAAAAGUUUUAUUUUGGACUCAGAGCUUGCAUGCCACCAGAAGAACCACACAGGAGAGGAAACUUUUAAAUGUACCAUGUGUGGGGAAAAUUUCAGGUUGAAUAUGCAUCUCAUUGUUCAUCAGCAAACCCAUAUGAAAACCAUGUAAAUACAGCAAGUUUUCAUUAACGACACUGUGCUUCUCAGUAUCUGUACUGCAAACUGGGGACCAGUUACCCUUUAUGUACCAGGCACUUUAUAUGCAUUCCAUGUCACAUAGCACUUAGUCUCCACAACCUUGCUUUAGGCACUAUGAUUUCCAUUUUAUAACCGAGGAAGGAUAAUGUCACAGCUAGUGAUUGAAGCCAGGAUUCUAACUCAGUAACCCAGUCACUGUUCACAUUGCAUUUGUAUGAGCCAGAGAAUGAUAUGGAACUUUUCUUUAAAUUCAGUUUU